AUGGCAGUGGAGAUUAUCAAUGAGUUUAAAGAUACAAAGAGUGUUGCCGUUUUGUCAAAGGCGAAUGAGAAAGAGACAAUUUAUUUUAUUACUAAACAACAAAUUAAUGCGAGUGAACAAGAGUCGGUGAUUAAGCAAAUUGAGGGAAACCCUAGUCAAGGGCUUUUGAUGCAAAACGAUAAGUUUCGGAAGUAUCUUAUUGAGAUGCAAUAUGACACGAUGACAACAGGAUAUAACGUGGACGUGAUAUCACCGGCAACCGAAAGAGAUAUAGACAAGAAUAAACCCCAUUAUUUUAAAAUGGUUACAGAAACGCAAGAGAUGUAUAACACUAAAACAAACCAAUUUAUAGAAAAUAUGCCACAAACAGAAUUCAAGUGGAUUUAUAACAUUUUGGAUGGCGUUUCCGAACAAGAAAACGUGUUAUUCAAAACUCACGAUUUUUUGGCUGUUUUAGACAUGAAGUGGGAUAGACAAAGAAAAGAAGAGAUCUAUGGGUUGGUUCUUGUCGAAGAUAGAAAACUCCAUUCCGUUCGUUCGCUUGAUGGAAGUCAUAUUGAAAUGUUGGAAAGGAUUCGAGACGACACUAUUGAGUGUUUGUCUGAGAAGUAUGGCGUCAAUAAAAACGAAAUUAUCACGUUUGUUCACUACUUGCCUUCUUUUUGGCACUUCCACGUCCACUUCUGCUCAAUCUAUUCUCCACUCUUUAAAAGCGCAAAUGUUAAUAUCGGUAAAGCUAUUAUGCUUGAUGACGUCAUUCAAAAUCUAAAAUUGGACAAUGACUAUUACAAGAAAGUUGAUAUCACCAUCAAAAUCGAUGUCAAACACCCACUUUACAAGAUCCUCGUCGAAUAA